UACUAAUUUCUUUGCAUCAGGGAAUCAGCAUGGGCGUUAUUUGGAGCAUACCUCAAGACUUGGUAACCAGUGUCGGGAACUGGAUGUAUCCAGUUGAGUUGGAUAAAGAGGAAACCUAUUACUGGAACAGGAAUACUCAAAUUAAAUGGGAUAAAGAGGGAGCAGAUGAACUACUGAGAGAAAUAAAAGAGAGGUUAAGUCCAUUUAAAGAGAAGAAACAGACAUUAAAUAUUUUGGUAAUUGGACCAACAUCAUGUGGCAAAUCAUCACUUUGCAAUGGUUUCAAAACGACUCUUAACCAAAAGAAAGAAGUCGUCCAAUUUUUCCGAGUUGGAAGAAGAGAAGAUGAAAGUUAUACCAAGAAUUUUCAGUUUACAACCUUGGGAGAUUGCGUUACUCUGUAUGACAUGGCUGGAGUGUUUGAAUCCCGCCACAUCAAAACUGAAGACAUAUUGAGUAUUAUCCAAGGAAGGGUCAAAUUCACUGGAAAGAUUGAUGAUUUUAUGAAUCCCACACCGCCAGCCACUUCAGAAGCACAAAACAAUGUGUCAUGUCUGGUUCUUGUUUUGAAGCCAGGAAUGGAACUUCCUGUGCACUUAAAGAGAAUCAUUGAACAAAUUCAUAAGACUGCCGGUGAAGGAGAAUUAGGGUACCAUGUGAUACUCACCCAUCUGGAUGAAGUAGACCAUUGCUUCAAAGAUACACAGAAUUUGAACAAACUGUUUUCAUCACCGGUAGUACAGAAGAAGGUCGAGUAUAUUUCUAAACAAGUAGGAACACCACCGAAUACCAUCAGCUUUGUCCGCAACUAUUGCUAUGAAACACAAAGUGAUAUCAAUUCAGACGUCCUGUUUCUUCAUGCCUUCAAACAGAUUAUCAAUGCUGCAUGUGAACAGGAAGAGAAAAGGGCAGAAUUUGCAGCAGCUGCAGCUGCUCAAGACUGAGUGUUUUGUCACACUUUAUAUCUUUACUUUAUAUUUUUAGCUUCUGCUUUAAACCUAUGUGAAUGCUGCUUCCAUCUUAUUAAUUUUAUUGCAAACAUACCGCGGAAUGACUCCAUGAAUUUAAACCAAAGACUGCAGCCCUAUACUAAUUGUUCAGAUUAAGAAGAGGGUUUCAGGCCACUAGUCCCAUAUGGGAAAGGCGUCUGUUAACUCUGAAGCUUAAACCUGUAUUCUUGGUCAAAACACAUUUGAAUAUCCAUUAGUGAUGUGAAUUACUGAUAGUGUAAGUAGUGAGGCUAAAAGAUGUUAUAUUUCUGUCAUAUUGUGGGAAGUUCGGCAGGAUUUAUAUCAUCCCUGCAGUCACUGGCGAUAGAUUACCAGUUAAGCCUAAGAUUAAAAAUGACAAAAAUGCUACGUUUUAAAAGUCUGGUAUGCAUAAAAAUAAUUCGAAUGACGUGGAACAUACAUACCCUCUUAGGGGGACAACAUUUUUACGCUACUUCAACCCCCCUCGAGGGUACAGCCACUAACAAUCUAAGUUAUAUGUUAGCACUACCAAUAUAUAAAAACAUAUUAUGUACAUCCAAAUUUAUGUAUUAAAUCAAUUUCCUUUAAAAAGUGCAAUACUAAAUGAGAAUUAACUUGACUAAAAAGGUCCUUGACUGUUUUGACACUAUAAUAUUUAUCCCUUGUGAUGGAAAAAUCAAUGCAGUCAAGCAGGACAUGCUUGACCGUGAUUCUUUCAUCACAAGGGACACAAAACGGAGGAUCCUCACCUUUUAAUAAAUACUCAUGUGUAUA